AUGAUUGAGCCGCCGACAUCCCCUCCAAAUUCCUCGACCAAACCCGAGGAAGCCCUUGCGUGGUACAAGGCACAGUAUGAGAUGCUGGAGCAGGAGCUCUCCGAGUUUCAGGCUUCGAGUAAGGAGCUAGAGGCCGAGCUCGAGAAGGAUCUGGAGGCAGCCGACAAGCGGGAGAGGGCAUUGAGAGAGAAGAUUGAAGGGUUGAGCUUCGAGGUAGAGGAAUGGAAGAGGAAAUAUAAAGAGUCCAAGGCCGAGGCAAGCGCAGCGCAGAGCAAUCUCGAAAAGGAGAUUACAUCUCUGCGCGAUGCCAAUCGGACGCUCCAGCUCAAGCUGCGCGACAUAGAGGUAGCCAACGAUGACAUGGAGCGCCAUGCCCGGCACACAACAUCAUCCCUGGAGGAUCUGGAAUCCAAGUACAACAUCGCAAUCGAACGGGGAGUUAUGCUGGAGGAGGAGAUCAAGCUGGGUGAGCAGGAGCGGGAAAGGUUACGAGUUGAGGCACAGAGGCUACGGGAAGAACUUUCCGACCUCAAAAUCGAAGCGGAGAUCUUGCAAGACAAGAUCCGCAAGCAAAAUUCGCAUAUGUCGAAUCUCUCGACCGACUUGACUAUCCCGGGCUCGCCGUCGUAUUUGCACUCACCGCGCUCCAAUACCAGCUCGCCUAUGAACAUCACGACACCACCAGAUACGAAGUCGCUGUCCACUAUCGACACUAUCUCAGAACCUCAGGAUCCACCAUCGCCGCCAAUGUCAGAUGUUUCUAUGCCUUUGCCUAAACUCUCUUCGCUCAAGACUCCGAACCGCCUACCGAGAAGCCGGUUACCCUCUGCCGAUUGCAGCAUUACCCCCAAGCCGAGACCGGUCAACGCAAGCUCAUCGUCCUCCAGGGGAGGUGCUCGCUCCGUCACCACCUCGAUCUCUUCUGAAACAAGAACAACCGAAACAAGGCCGCCUGAGCCCAGAAGGCCAAGGCCAUCCGGGCCACGCGAGUCGGCCGCGCUUCGAGCCGCACGUGCUGCAAGAGGCGUGUCAUCAACGAACUCACUUACUCACAUCAGGACUCUCACUGCCCAGAUGCAAAAGCUCGAGGCACGUGUCCACUCCGCUCGCUCCAAACUCCCAAACUCCGCGAACACGAAAGACACUCCCUUUGCCAGCGCUUUCACCAAUGCCUAUGGCCCUGACAACACUUACACGGGCAACCACAACUUCUCGUCCAGCAACCAUACUUACUCUAGCAGUACGAGCACACCGCCUCGGCCAUCGACUCGGUCUGCCAGUGGCAACGUCUCGGGCACGCUCAGUAUCCGAACACGAAAGCGCACUGUUGGAUCGAAUGCCUCAACCUCCAGCCAGACCAGCGACGAGCAACUCCCGCCCCCGAGUCUCGCGCAGUCUCGCCAUCCCCCUUCAGCCUCCCGAAGCAGCAUUGCCAGCGCAAGCAAGCACGUCCCGCGUCUCAGUUCAUCAUCCGGAGUUUCGCGAUUUUCUCACGGGCCCCUACCAAACCGCAACCCAACUGCCAAUGGCUCAACGAUCAACCACCACACCCCUUCCCAUAAGUCAACUGACUCAGAUCUCUACUCCCGCCCCAGCAGCCGAACCAGCAUGUCUAGCAGCACAUACGGCCGACCGCCCAGCCGGGCGGCUGAAUCCGCGAUUCCGAUACCUUCUUCCCGACCCAUGAGCCGUGCAAGCAGCACUCGCACACCGCUCUCGCGCCCACGCAGCAGUAUGGGUGUGCACAACUCAGUCUAUAGCCAUGGCCACAGCGGCAGCAUGAGCUACACCACCACCAACGAGGCCGCCGACGAGUCACUGCUUGAAGACGACGAGUCUGACUACCGACGAACGCCAACUAGGCGUGGCGGCUAUGAAACGGGUAUCCCACUUCCGGGUAGCGGCAUUCCGGUACGGUCUAGAAGACCCAGCGGGGCGUCGUCUGUUUCAGGAAUGAGGAGGGUCAGCAACGCGAGGGUAUACGAAGAUUUGGGAGAGACGUAUUGA